AGAUUUUAUUUAACCUCCCCCACCCCAGGCUUAGCUCGCUCUGCUCCCAGCUCUGGUCAGUUGCGUGCCUCGGGGCCAGCUCUGUGUUCGAAUCCCGCCCAUCCACCUGCCCGCUGCGCCAAGCCCCGCGUCCCCGAGGAGGGCCCGCGCAGCAGGGGUCUCCCCGGCGGCGAGCCUGUCUCCCCCGGUGUCUCCGUCCCUCCAAGGCAGCCCCGCUCCAGGGCGGGAGCCUCGCCGACCCGGCCGCGGCGCUCACUGCGUAAGGCCGCGUUGAGUGAGCCCUGCCCCCCGCCCGGCUCCCUCCUGCCCCGGCCCCGGUUUCCGGCCGGGCCUUUCACGCGGAGGGACGCCGCUGGGAGCCGGCCCUGCCUGCGCCUCUCGCUCGGUCGGGGUUGGAAGCGCGCAACCGGCGCCCGGUUCGCCUGCGGCAAGCGCUCCCCGGCGCUCGUCCCAGGGCGCUGACCGAGCCGACAACCAUGGUGCCGGCCCAGCUGCUGCUCUCUCAGGCCGUACAUGGCCGGGGAGGCUAUGAUUCUGAUUUUAGUGAUGAUGAGAGUGGAGAGAAAUCUGACCAAAGGAAUAAAAGGACAAGUAAUGAAGAUGCCCUACUCAUAAAACCAUUCCAGAAAGUAAAACAGGUCAAGGUGGCUGACAGACAAAUUGCAGCAGAAGAAUGGGAUAGGGAAGAAGCAAGAAAUAGGAGAUUUCAUUUGAUAGCCAUGGAUGCUUAUGCAAGACAUAAAAAGUUUGUGAAUGACUACAUUUUAUACUAUGGUGGCAAAAAGGAGGACUUCCAACGUUCAGGAGCAAGUGACAAGACAGACCUUGAUAUUGUAAGAGAAAACUAUAGAUUCCUGUGGAAAGAGGAAGAUGCAGUGGACAUGAAUUGGGAAAAGAGACUGGCAAAGAAAUACUAUGAUAAAUUAUUCAAAGAGUAUUGUAUAGCAGAUCUGACUAGAUACAAAGAGAACAAGUUUGGAUUUAGAUGGAGACAUGAGAAAGAAGUAGUUUCAGGAAAAGGUCAGUUUUCCUGUGGAAAUAAGCACUGUGAUGAGAAAGAAGGACUGAAGAGCUGGGAGGUGAAUUUUGGGUACACUGAAUAUGGUGAAAAGAGGAAUGCCCUUGUGAAAUUGCGACUGUGUCCACAAUGUUCCUGCAAAUUAAAUUUUCAUCACAGGAGGAGAGAAGUCAAACCAAACAAGAAGAGAGGGAGAACUGAACAAAACACUGAAGACCCCAAAAGUAAGAAGUCAAGAUUAUCUCAUUCAGAAAAACACAGAUCUAAACAGAGAAAUAAACAGAAAGAUCAAGUUUCCUCAGAUGAUUCAGAUGAUUUUGAUAACGACGCAGAUGACAGUGAAGAGCAUCCUUCAGAUGCUGACUUUUGGAAGGGUCCUCUACAAGAGACACAUGAAAAAUCACGGGAGGAAGAAUUUGAUGAGUAUUUUCAAGACUUGUUUCUCUGAUACUUCAUGUGGAAACAUAGAUUAAUUUCUUCUUGAAUUGUAAUGAUUCAUAUCUGAAUACCAAAUCAAAUUUAGAAACCUAUAUUUUUUUUUUCCUGUAAAAAUUCCAUUAAAGGCACUGAUCCUACAAUUGACUGUGCGUGGACACAUACCCCUGCCUACAUAGGGAGCAUUACUGAUUUCACUUGGAAGACGAUAGAUUCCCUGAUUUCACUUGGAAGACGAUAGAUUCCCUGUACAUUAAUGAAGAAUGACAUAUAACAUACUUUGUUAUAAUUUAUUUUCAGCUGAGUGUAUUGUAAAGUACAAAUCUAAAAAAUUAUAGAAGACACUGCACAUUAACCUCAAAAGAGGGUGAGAAGGAGACAUAUCAGAAUGCAGUUUACUGAUAGACUGCAGUGUUUCCAGUAUUUUCUUCCAUGCUGUGCUUUUUAGUUAAUUGUUUUAAAGGCAUAUUCUAGUUGACUCCCUGUUCUGUAUUAACCACUAAACUCUUUAAUAUAUAUAUAUAUAGUUCUCUUUUAAAUCUAUUAAACCAUGCAGCAAGAGUUCGUGGAUUUAAAUUAAUCAGUCAGGCGGUGUUUAAGACUCAGACAUCUGUAUGUGUAAAUCUUCUUGAAAUAUUGAUACUGAAGUUUCCGAUUCUAUAAAACUUACAUUUUGCUUGGCCUAAGUAAAUCUUUUCUUCCUAAAAUUAAUGAUGAUGUUUUCUUUAAUGAUUUUGUAUAAGCGUUAGUUCACUAUUACCCUCCUCAUUUUAAGUCUUUUAUUUUAAGUGUUGUUUGACUGACAGUCCCAUGGUCACUCUACUAGUCGUUCGGGAUGUUAGCUUGUCAUAUUUGUUUUAAUAAAUAAGGUAUGUGGUUUGCCUCUGGGAAACCUA